AUGGCAACGGGAGGAGUGAAAUCGGCGGGAACGGCGACGAAGCCGGCGACUUCAACACCGGUUUCUACCGGAGAAGUGCGUCGGAUGCUGGCGGAUGCAAAAGCUGAUAAUGAGACGACGGUCGGCAUUGUCAAGCGGUUGGAGGAGCAGAUCCAGUUGCUGCGCUUGCAAAUGGAGGCCUCCAACGAGCAGCUGAAGGAAGCGCUAAGGGAGGUAAAAGAGGCGCGCGAAGAAGCUCGGGUACGCGAAGCGGAACACCGCGAAGAGCUCCGCAAGGAGAAGGAGCUCUUCAACGCUCUUCUAGCGCAAACCCUUGGUGGAACCGGCGGAGCUCGGCUAGAGAGCCAGCAGGAACUGCAGCGGGAGCAGGAGCUGCUUCGGAGGAUGGAAAGCCAGCAACGACAAGAACAGCGGCAGCAGCUGGAAGAUCAACAGCGCCAAAGGUGGCGUCAGCAGCAGCAGCAACAACAACGGCAGCAGCGGCUACCUGCGCAGCAAUGGCCGACGGUGCAGCAGAGCGGGCGUGCUCAGCGUCAGGGCGUGGCGGAGUCGGCAUCCUCGGCGGUACUUGACGAGCCAGGAACGUGGGUGGAGGUCGUUCGCGGCAAUCGGCGUGGGAAUAAGCAGAAUGGAGUGAAUCUGCCCCGGCAGUCAGCCCAGCAGCAGCCAGCACACCGGCAGCAUCAGCAGUGGCCGCACCAGCGAAAUGGGCAGCAGUAG